AUGACCCCAAGCACGUCAGCCCAGGCGACACCCGUCAACAGUCCAGGACCCGAAGCGAGCCUGAUAACGGGCUUCUCCAUAGCCGAGACGCACAAGGCGAUCCAGGACAACGUCUACGUCAUAGUGGGACACGGGACCUUCCAGCGUCGCGUCCUCUUCACCGGAAUGCUGUCCGUUGUGACGCUACUGAUGCACGCCCUUGGAAGCCAGCUUUUUACCCACGACGUUCUCCACUGGUGCGCACCGCCGUACGAGCUUCGCGACGUCCCCGCGAGCGUCUGGAGGAACGUGGCCAUCCCGCUGGGUCUUGAUGGCGAGCCCAGCCAGUGUAGCGUCUACGAUCCACCCAUUCCGCACGGUGAAGACGACGAACGCCGUGUGGUGCCCUGCGACCGUUGGCAGUACGACACCGCCGACGAAGGCGACAGCAUUGUCAGCCGGUGGGACCUGGUGUGCGGGCACGUCUGGCUAUUCAAGGCCAUCAAGGCGGCUAACAUGAUGGGCGCGGUAAUGUGCGUGCCAAUGGCCGGUUUGCUUGCGGACAAGCUGCUCGGUGCAGCUGUGAUAUUCAUCCUGCUCUACGAGGUGACCGGCAACGAGCGACGCGCCCUCUACGGAGUCCUAGACACGGCCGUCGGAACGACGACCGUGCCGCCCGUAGUCCACUUGGUAGCUCAGCUGAAUCCGCGCUGGAACAUGGCGCACGCGUUCCUGUCUCUGCCGACGGCCAUACUCGUGCUCUGGUGCUACCUCCUCGAUGAAUCCCCCAGCUGGCUCCUAGCGACGUGGAAGACGCGGUCUGCCGAGCAGGUCAUCAUAGCUGCCGCCAUACCAACGGCGUCGACAUCGCAAAAGCUCGCCUCACCUAUAAGGCUCUCAGGGAGCAGGUGA